AUGGGGAGGCAGGGUGUUGCUGCCACAGCCUUCCUCUGCGGGGGGCUCCUCGCUGCCUUCCUCCUGAGGGAAGCGCUUGGACAGAGCAAGAAGCCUGAGACGUAAGGAGAGAGCGGUGGGGUGGGUGAUGGGGUGGGUGACGCAGGCAAGGAAUGCAAGGCUGACUCCUGGAUCUGGGCUGGAAAGCUGCAGCAGGAAUGGGGAUGGGGGGACAGACUUCUGCAACCGCUUCCCACCCUCAGGGAGGGAGCCAGUGUGGUGUAGUGGUUAAGAGUGGUAGUCUCGUAAUCUGGGGAACCGGGUUCGCUUCCCUGCUCCUCCACAUGCAGCUGCUGGGUGACCUUGGGCCGGUCACACUUCUCUGAAGUCUCUCAGCCCCACACGCCUCACAGAGUGUUUGUUGUGGGGGAGGAAGGGAAAGGAGAAUGUUAACCGCUUUGAGACUCCUUCGGGUAGUGAUAAAGCAGGAUAUCAAAUCCAAACACUUUUUCUCUUCUUCUUCCUCUAUAGAGCAAGAUUCAAAGUUCUUGUCCUAGUGUACAAAGAACUUUUGGCCCAGGGGCCAGUGGUACCUCAGGUUAAGUACUUAAUUUGUUCCGGAGGUCCAUACUUAACCUGAAACUCUUCUUAACCUGAAGCACCACUUUAGCUAAUGGGGCCUCCAGCUGCCGCCAUGCUGCCAGAGCACGAUUUCUGUUCUCAUCCUGAAGCAAAGUUCUUAACCUGAAGCACUAUUUCUGGGUUAGCAGAGUCUGUAUCCUGAAGUGUAUGUAACCUGAAGCGUAUGUAACCUGAGGUACCACUGUACAGUCAUACCUCAUGUUGCGUUUGCCUCAUGAAACGUUUUUUCAGGUUGCGUCCCGCGGCGACCCGGAAGUACUAGAAAGGGUUACUUCUGGGUUUCACCGCUCACACAUGCGCAGACAUGCAAAAUGACAUCACGCGCAUGCGCAGAAGCGCUGAAUCGUGACCCGCGUGUGCGCAGACGCACAGAUGCGUGUUGCGUUCUUUUCAGGUUGCGAACGGGCCUACAGAACGGAUCCCGUUCGCAACCAGAGGUACCACUGUAUAUGCUAAACUGGGAUAGCUCAGUCCGUAGAGCAUGAGACUUUCUUAAUCUCAGGGUCGUGGGUUCAAGCACCGCAUUGGGCAAAAUAUUGCUGCAUUCAAGGGGGUUGAACUAGAUGUCCCUCAUGUUCCCUUCCAACUCUACGAUUCUAUGAUUCCAAUCACUGAGAUCAUCAGGGGGGACACUGUGAGAAGCUCCCGAUGAACCAGAAACACGAGUCUUUGGGCAUAGUGGGCCCAAAUCUGUGGAACUCCUUGCCACAAGAAAUCAGGCAGGUGCCAUCAAGAUGAAAAUGGUUUUCUGCUCAGGGCACCUUCGCAGUUUAAAGCUGUUCUGAUGUGACACACACAUACACGAUGCUUUCAUUUGUGUCUUAAAUUUUCCAUGUGAUAUUCUUUACCUUUGUUGUAAGUUUCUUUGACGCAUAACUUGGAAACUGGAUAUAAGUUCCUUAAAUAAAGAGAAACGAGUAACUGUGAAAGAAAUAAGAAUGGAAGAACAGAGGCAGGCUGAACACAGCAGAAUUCAGCAGCCAAGUUACUCACCGGAGCAAGACAGUUUGAGCAUAUUACGCUGAUCCUGGUCCGACUGGACUGGCUACCAAUUAGUUUCCAGACCCAAUUCAAAGGGAUAGUUUUGACCUAUAAAUCCUUAAAUGGCUCAGGACCGCAAUACCUCAAGGACUACCUCUUUCCAUAUGAAGCUACCCAGACCCAGAGAUCAUCUUCCGAGGCCCUCCUUCGUGUGCCUCCUCCUUGAGAGGUCUGGAGGGUGGCAACACAAGAAUGGGGCCUUCUCUGCAGUGGCUCCCCAUCUGUGGAAUGCUCUUCCCAGGGAAGUUCGUCUGGUGUCUUUAGGUGCCAGGCAAAAAUGUUCCUUUUUAACCAGGCUUUUGGUUGAUUUGAUUGACAUCCCAUGCCCUUUUAAAAUGUGUUUUAUUUUUUGGGGGGUGUUAUUGGGUUGUUGUUUUCAUUUUGAUUAUGUAUUUUGUGGUUUUAUAUUUUGAUUUUAUUCUGCGAACUGCCCUGAGACCUCCGGGUAUAGGGUGGUAUAUAAAUUCAAUUAAUAAUAAUAAUAAUAGGCUAGGUGAUUGGUGCAUGAGAGUGCCGCCCCCAACACACAUACAAUCACACUUCCUUCUCUUUGUGAACCUGAAACAUUGGGAUCAAGCAGCUAGGCAGGAAACAGAAGAGCAGAAAAAGGACGUUCCUUCACAUCAAAUAGCCCUGAGCUCUGCUGAUAGCCACAAGGCAUCACAGUCUGGAACCCUCGACAACAGUCCCAGAAUCAUGGAAUUGAGUCAGAAGGGACCAUGGGGUCAUCUAGUCCAACCCCCUGCAAUGCAGGAAUAUUUUUGCCUGACGUGAGGCUUGAACCCAUGACCCUGAGAUUAAGGGCCUCAUGCUCUACUGACUGAGUUAUCCUAGUCCUCCCGCUAGGGCAGGCAUAAGCAAACUUUGGCACUCCCGGUGUUUUGAGACUACAAUUCCCACCAUCCCUGACCACUGGUCCUGUUAGCUAGGGAUCAUGGGAGUUGUAGUCCCAAACAUCUGGAGGCCCAAAGGUUGCCUAUGCCUGCGCUAGGGGGUGAGAGAAUCCACUGCCACGUUUUCUUGGCGAUCCCACUGAUUAAGUAAAUAAAUCUCUUCUUCUCCUUCUCCUUUGGUGGUCACUCAUAGCUGAGUAAGAUUGUCUUCCAUAAACACAGUUUUAACAAUGAGUCUGUAAGUGACUGUGGAGGCCAAUUCUGGAUCCACACGUCCUUCCACAGUGGGGACAUUGGUUUCCAGGCGGGAGUUGAUCACCGUGUGGAUUUGCCAAGCGUGCCUUCCUCUUAGUAUGAUUCUCCCUUGUGUCCUGAGUUCGAGUGUCUUCAAAGCCCAUGACACCUUUGAUAAAGGAUGUUCGGUAGCUGUUUUUAUAUAUAUACAGUGGUGCCUCGGGUUACAUAUGCUUCAGGUUACAUACGCUUCAGGUUACAGACUCCGCUAACCCAGAAAUAGCACCUUGGGUUAAGAACUUUGCUUCAGGAUGAGAACAGAAAUCGUGCUCCGGUGGCGCGGCAGCAGCAGGAGGCCCCAUUAACUAAAGUGGUGCUUCAGGUUAAGAACAGUUUCAGGUUAAGAACGGACCUCCGGAACGAAUUAAGUACGUAACCAGAGGUACCACUGUGUAGCAGGCAAGGUAGCAUUUGUCCUCUUUAUGUUAUUGCAGGAUGAGUGCUUUUAGGCAAGUGAAACGGACUCCUUUGGAAAGUGUUUGACUCUCCUUCCUUGGAGAUUUUUAAGCAGAAGCUAGAUGCCAUCUCAGUUGCUUCAGUUCUGAUUCCUGCAUUGAGCUAGAUGACUCUUUGGGGUCCCUUCCAGUUCCACAAUUGCACGAUUCUAAGGUUUAUUAAUUUCAAUAGGUCUACUCUGAGCAGGACUUAGUUGAAUACAACCCAGUGUUUAAAAUGCUUUCUGGUCCUCAUCUUUGGCACGCAGAAAUUCCUGAUUCAGUCUUGGGCUUUCCAAAGAAUCUCGGGUCUGACGAAAGCCGUUGGCACAGGGCAACAGAGCUUGGCACUAAGACAGAACUGUAUCAUACAAAAGGCUCUUUUGUCUGAAUCCAGCAAAAGACAACAUCUCAUCUCUUUAAAACAAAGCAAAUAAUUAAGAAGCAAAGACUUCCCUGGGACCAUCGCUUUCGCCCCGCCCCUUUCCUCUUGGAAAGAUAAAAUAAAAAUGGGCUGCAAAUUGUUUUUUUAAGAGCUGUGAACUAUGCGAAGAGGAUAAAUUAUGUCAAUCAAAGCAAACGCAUGCACACAAUUUGUCUGGAGACAGAUUCUGGUCCCCACCCCUGACUCUCCUAGGCAGCUUGAAAAAGAUGAAAAAUUGGGAUGAAUCCAAAAGCAAUCCUUCUUCUCCAAGUGGCAAAUAACUUAUGCAGGUUCCUGUAUUGUUUUAAUUGUUUUAAUUAAUUUAAUUGUUUUAUUGUUUCAACCUGCUUGGCCAGAGGAGACAACAGAAUGACAGAAAUAUAUGUAUAUGUUACAGAAAGCAAACUCUUUCCCAGAUGACAUGCAACUCUCUUAAAAAAUUGUCUCUGCUCAGCUAAGCAGCCAACCACGGCACCUUACACAGAGAUCAAUUUAACUUUCAAUUCAACUCGGUCCCUCUAAAGUAGAAGGGUACUGGGAGAUAUUUUUAGCAGAGCAGCAGCACUGGGAGAUAGUGGCUCCUUAAUCCUUCCCCCACCUGCCAUUUCUCCACUCCAAAUCAUCUGCCCUUUUUAUCCAUGGGUUUCAGAAAGCACAAUUUCACCCAGCUCCCAGAUAUAGCUGGCAGAGAGGCAGGGAGUGGAAGCCACAUGGGGGUGGGCCACAAUUUCAGAAUGAAAAACUGGUACGUGGGCAUUUAAAGAGUUAAGCUCCCCUCCACAAUCCAGCAAUGAAUAUCUCAUGGUCAUGUCCAAUGACGUUUUCAAAAAGCUGGCUAGGGGGAACCUUUUGGACGUAAUCAUAGAAAUAUAGAGUUGGGAGGGACCCUGAGGGUCAUCUAGUCCAACCCCCUGCAAUGCAGGAAAAUGCAGCUGUCCUUAUAUGGCCUCGGACCAGUAUACCUUAAGGAGCGUCUCCACCCCCAUCGCUCAGCCCGGACACUGAGGUCCAGCUCCGAGGGCCUUCUGGUGGUUCCCUGCGAGAAGCCAAGUUACAGGGAACCAGGCAGAGGGCCUUCUUGGUAGUGGCGCCCACCCUGUGGAACGCCCUCCCAUCAGAUGUCAAAGAGAAAAACAAUUACCAGACUUUUAGAAGACAUCUGAAGGCAGCCCUGUUUAGGGAAGUUUUUAAUGUUUGACGUUUCAUUGAGCUUUUAAUAUUUGGUUGGGAGCUGCUCAGAGUGGCUGGGGAAACCCAGCCAGAUGGAUGGGGUAUAUUAUAAAAUUAUAAUUAUAAUUAUAAUUAUUAGGGUCAAUCCUGCAACCUUUGCAUUAUCAGGACCACGUGCUAACCAACUGGUGCCCAUGAGUAGCCAUUUAAUUAAACGGCUGGGGGGAAUAUGGAUGGGUUUGGGCAGAGAAUUUAGCAAUCUAUGCAGCACCCUGGUUUUAAACCAGAAGCCGCAUUAUGCAGUCAGGCCUUAGUCCAUCUAUCUCAGUAUUGUAGACACUGACUGACAGCGCCACUCCAUUGAUUCAGGCCGGGGACUGUAGGGGAUUGAACCUGGAACCUCCUGCAAGGAAAGCAGAUAUUUUAACCACUUUGCUAAGACCUUUAUUUUCGAUGUGUUAGCAAUCCCAUGUGGUUUAAGGCACCACAGGGCUCUGAUAUUCUAGAGGCUGAAAGGAAUCCCCAAAACCCUCUCAGUUGUGCACCCUCUCUGACCCACAGCCGAGUGUGUGCACGGCGCACGUUGAGGAUCCCCUUGUUCUACAACGAGACCUACGCCAAGCCUGCGCACCAGCCGUAUUUGACGCUGUGCGCUGGACCCCGAGUCUGCAGCACCUACAGGUAAGCAAAGUCCUCCACUGCAUGGAGAUUCCAGGGGUGAGGAGGGUGGGGAGAACGUUUUACUGAACGGUGCAUUUUUAGGGUUGUGUAUUUCAUACCCCUCAACUGUCCCGUUUUGAAGGGGGACAUCCCAGAAUCACAGAAGCCAAUCCCGGCUUCUGUUUGUAUCCUGGAAUGUCCCAUUUUGGGGCCUGGUGCUUUGCUGAUUUGCACCAGAGCGCCAGAAUGAAAGAUGCUCGGUUUUUUGGUCUCAUGAGAGUGUCUUUCGGUCUUGUAUUCCCACAUGCGCGAGAGUUCAGGACCAAAAAAAGAGUGUCCCGAUUUUGAUGCCACAAAUGUUGGAGAGUAUGGUUUCUGCUGGUGGUUUUUUGUUUUUUUUUAAACUGCUAUCUGUUUUAACUUGCUGAGGGAGAGGGUCUUUUCUGUGGUGGCUCCCUGCUUGUGGAAUGCUCUCCCCGAUGAGGUCUGCCUGGAGUCAUCUUUAGCAUUCUCUCGACACCAGAUAAAAACUCCACCUAGGCAUUGGACAGAUUGUCAUGAUUUUCUAUUCAUUGAUUACGUCAGGGAUAGCCAACAUGGCUCCCUCCUGAUGUUUCGGACUCCACCUCCCAUCAUCCUUGGUCAUGCUGGCUGAGGCUCAUGGGAGUUGUAGUCUAAAACAUUGGCUGCCCCUAGAUUGUAUGCCUUUGCUGCUGCUUCGUUAGAUCUGUUUCAUGAGUCACCGUGUUGCCUUUUAAAGUAAUUUCAUCAUGCUUAUUUUAAGAAAUGUCGUGCUCUUAAAAUUCCACAAGUCACAUGGAGACUUCUUAUAUGGCAAGUGGCUAGUGAGUUGAACUCGUGACUGUUGUAAUGCCUGUUGUGAUUUUGAUCUUUUCUUUUUCAAAAAAAAAUAUUCAUUUUAUAACACAAAUAAACAACACAAACAGAAAAAAUAAUAGAAACAAAUUCUUGUCUUAUCCUUAUUUUUUCUAAACAUUGUUAGGUGAGCUUCCCCAAGUCCCCCCAUCUGAUUUUCAUUUUACCUCAUCUUUAGCAGUUUACAUAUAUCAUAAUUUUUAACCAUUUUUUAAUCACACUUACUUUUACCAUAAAAAUUUUCACGUAUUAUCCCUUACAUAUGAUACUAUUUCAAAAUGCACUAUCUUCUACUUCUAACCCUACAGCCUAGAUUUUGAUCUUUUAGGCUGCAUUGUAUGGUGAUCUGCUUUGUAUACUGUCAUAAAAAGGUGAGAUAUAAAUAAACUCUUUUCCUCACCAGUGGGCCUUACCAGCUAUUAGCCACAAUAGCUAGGAAGGGGGGGUCAUAAUUUCCUGAUGCUGAAGACAAACAACAAAGGAUGCUGAUUCCCCUUUCCCCCUGGUGUGCAGUGAUCAUAGAGUUCUGGUCCUUUGCUGUGUGUAGCAUGUCUGUUGCUGUGAGACCUUAAUAAGCGGAGAGACUUUCUGGCCAGACGUCUCUCUACAGUUCCUGCUUCUGAUAAUGCUGGCAUUGUCUCAUCUUAAACACUGUAUGGUGUCAGAAAUGGAAAUCAUCAUUUACCCAGUUUGGUGAGAAGGAGAAGUAGCCAAGGACACUUGCGUUUUCCCUCUUCCCUAGGACUACCUAUCGCGUGGCCACACGGCAGGUGCGCAAAGACAUUCUGCAGACCCACAUCGUCUGCUGCCAAGGCUGGAAGAAACGCCACGUGGGAGACACCAAGUGCGAGGAAGGUGAGUCCUUGAACCGUGGUUUGUGCUGCAGAAAUGUGAUGGAAGCCACAGAGAUCAGAGUCAGACAUCACUCAGUUAUCCGCAUAUCCCUAAGAUAGUUGUUUAUGUCCUUGGCGUCUGAUGGGAGGGUGUUCCACAGGGCGGGUGCCACCACCGAGAAGGCCCUCUGCCUGCUUCCCUGUAACCUCACUUCCCGCAGGGAGGGAACCGCCAGAAGGCCCUCAGCACUGGACCUCAGUGUCCGGGCUCCUUCAGCCUUGCUCUCUCCUUUCUCCUGCCAGCCAUCUGCAACAAGCCCUGUCAGAACGGAGGCACCUGUGCCCAGCCAAACCAGUGCCAGUGCCAACCAGGCUGGGGCGGGCGCUACUGCCAUGUCGGUGAGUAGAGCAGCUGGAAGUGACAAGAGGCAAGGGUUAGCACUGGGUGGCUGGUGGGGGACGUCGGUCACGGCUAGCUUGACAUUAAAGGCACCAUCGCAUCUUUUCCGCCUGAACCAUUAGGAAGGCGCCUCAGGUGGCAAUUGCUGGGAGGUCCGGGGUGGUGCCCUCUAUCUUAGCCUGGUGCCCUUUAUUGCAACAGAAGGCACCACCAGGGCUCAUUUAAGGGAUAGCUCAGUCGGUAGAGCGUGAGACUUUUAAAUCUCAGGGUGAUGGGUUCGAGUCCCACACUCGGCCGGGCAUAAAUUUCCUGCAUUGCAGGGGGCUGAACUAGAUGGGUCCCUUCCAAUUCUACAGCUCUAAGGUUCAGCUUCUAGUUCAGAUUUCCUGUGGGUUGGCAGAUACUUGGCUUUAAAGGCCUUACUCACCAGGACUAGAAACUUGAGGUCUCCGGGAUUUCUGCAGGUUGGCAGAUUAUUUAUUCAAGGUCCCGAGAGGAAGAUGCAACAGGGGUUCUCCCUCCCGUCAGACUAUAGCUGUCAACCGUCCCUUAUUUGGCGGGAAACUCCCUUAUCCCAGCGCCGUGUCCCGCUGCUGUGCCUUAUUGAUGAUGUCCCUUAAAUUUCCCGGGUUUCAUGCUCCCCUGGCUCGGGAGGGAAGCAGCGACUCAGGGUCCUCCGCCACGAGAGAGAGCAUGCUCUGGCGCCGUCAUCCUGGCGCGAGGAGUUCCAUCGGCCCUUCCCUGCCCGAGGGGGGGGGAGGGGGAGAGACUCUCGCCCACGCCGCCCACAAGCCCAGAGGCGGCAGCGGUGGUGGCAGCUGAGGAGGCAGCCUGAGGGAGGAGGAAGAGGAAGAGGAGGGGAUGGGGAGGGACGCAGAAGGGCGGCGCUUCAGCAGCUGCCGUGGCCCUGCAACCGCCUCAUGCCAGAUUGACAGCAUCUGUCAAUCCUACCAAUGUAUGCAACUUUACAACAGCAAAAUCCCUUAUUUGGGCUGCUUAUCCCUUAUUUUAGAGGCUUCUGGUCCCUUAUUUUCAAAUCUGUAAGUGGACAGCUAUGCGUCAGACACGUAGACUCCUAACCCCGCUGCCGUCUUUCCUUAGAUGUGGACGAGUGCCACGCACCUGUCUCUCUCUGCGACCAACGCUGCCUCAACACCGCAGGGAGCUACGAGUGCCAGUGCCACCCUGGCUAUGCCCUGGAACCAGAUGGCAAGAGCUGCCGCUUGCUGCCCACUGCCCAGGCGGCCCCUCUGCACGCCAGCAAAGGUGGGUCCUCACAAGGACUGGGAGAAAGCUCUAUGGGAGAGGAGGACGCUUUGCAGGCCGAGGGCCGCAUUGCCUUCUGGGUAACAUUCCAGAGGCCACAUGUCGGCAGGGGCAAAAGUGGGGGGAGCAAUGGCUCUGAAUUUUGCCUAUGCACCCUAAACCAGUUUCUAUUUGUAUUUAUGGUUUGCUUGUGUGUUGCAUCUUUUCCCUACCUUUAUCUCUGAGGAGCUCAAGAUGGCGUACGUGGCUCUCCCCUGCUUCGUUCUCUCCCUACAACAACUCUGUGAGGUGGGUCAGGCUGAGGGGCAGUGACUGGACCAGUGAGCAUCAUGGCUGAGUGAGGAUUCGAACUCUGAUCUCCCAGGUCCUAGUCUGACACUCUAACCGCUAUGCCACGCUGGCUGUGUCUCUCUCACACACAAACCCCUCUGCCCUUUAUCCGGGCGAGCAAGAUACCUCAGCAGAAUUUGAGGACACGUCCCAGCUAUGCCAAAACACUCCUGGAAGGUGCGAAGCUGGGCUGGCGAGGGGCGUGGCCUGUGAAAUGGGGUGUGGCCUGUUGAAAGGGGGUGUAGCCUGCUUAAAUUCUCAAGGGCCAGAUAGACCUGGCAGGCAGGCAGGUGGGGGCCGGCAGAGGACAGAGUGAAGAGUGAAGUUGGUGGGGCAGGACCCCAUAUGCUUUAUGUCCCUGGCCACAUCAUUAAAGGUAAAGGGACCCCUGACCAUUAGGUCCAGUCGUGACCGACUCUGGGGUUGCGACGCUCAUCUCGCUUUAUUGGCCGAGGGAGCCGGCGUACAGCUUCCGGGUCAUGUGGCCAGCAUGACUAAGCCGCUUCUGGCGAACCAGAGCAGCGCAUGGAAACACCGUUUACCUUCCCGCCGGAGCGGUACCUAUUUAUCUACUUGCACUUUGAUGUGCUUUCGAACUGCUAGGUUGGCAGGAGCAGGGGAUUCGAACCGCAAGUCCUAGGCUCAGUAGUUUAACCCACAGCGCCACCCGCGUCCCAAUGGCCACAUCCUUACCAUCCACUUAAAGCAACUCCUAUCUCACUUUUGCAGUCAUGGCUUCCCUGCAAGGAAUUCUGGGAACUAUAGCUGGUGGAGAGCGCUGGGAAUUGUAGCUCUGUGGGGAGCGGGGAUUUUAACAGCUCUCUGGUUCCCAGAAAUCUUUGGGAGAGGAAGCUACGGCUUUUUAACAAAGCCAUGCAGUGGAACCUUGGUUGUCGACCGUAAUCCGUUCCGAAAGACCCUUAGACUUCCGAAACGUUCGAUAACUGAGGCGCAAAGGGCUGUCUGCAAAUUCAAUUGAGAAAAUUGAAAAACACACAGUGGGAGCCGUUCAACUUACGAGGCGCGUUCAAAAACAGAAGCAUUUACUUCCGGGUUUUUGAAACGUUCAUCAACGGAGACAUUUGAGAACCAAGCUUCCACUGUAUAAACGUGUUGGUGUGGGUGAAGGCCAGUGUGCCCCACAACCGCCACCUCCUCCUGCCUCACGCAAGCACCUUGUUUCAUCCCCUCAUAGAAGAAAGCAGCCGGCUCUACCAUUGGACAGAGUGAGGCAGCUGCUUCGGGCGGCAGUUGAUGUUAACAGGUGGCGUUGAAGGGCAAGUGUGCUUGUGUGCCUGCCCUGUGCCCUCAACUUGUGUCCACAGUGCCUUGAGGCCAUUUUAAAGGGGGUUUGGGGUUCAAUCCCUGCCAUCUCCCUGGAGAGCUGGUAGAAUUUCCUGCCUGAACUCCAGGGGAGAAGCUGCCAGUCCGUGUAGGCAGCACUGAACCGGGAUGGACCAAUGAUCCGAUUCAGUGCAAGGCAGCUUCAUAAGUUCGUUAGAGCUGCUCAACAGGAUUUUUGGGGGGUCGUAGGGCAUGUUCUCCCUCGCUCCCUUUCCGUUUACUGGUUGCUGGGGUGCUGAGGUGGAGGAGAGCGCGACACCUUCAAUUGCGCCACUUCCUGGCUUCUUCUUACAAACAGAUCUAUUCUUCAUGGGUCACAGCGGCAGCUGCCUCAGACUGUGACCCCACGCUGCUGAGUGCAUUUCACAACUUUCCUGUAAAAAGCAGCUUUGAAUCUGGCCACUGAGUUCAGUUCCAAGAACCUCUUUCUGCUUUGGUUUGCAUGAAAAAGGAAACAAAACAAAAAGUGCAUAGGCCCUGAGAGUCGCGGAACGCAGUCUUCAGUUCCUUUGUAAAGUACCCCAAACCAGCAGAUAUGUACACAGAUUGGCUUAGGGUUGUAUCCGAUACUAGUCCUACUCAGAGUAGACUUAUCUGAGUGAAGGGACCUGACUAAAUUAUGAAUAGGACCAGUAUUGGCUGGGGGGCGGAGUCUGGACACUUGAGGGCGGUGCCUGGUGGAAAAGGAGGCGGAGCCUGCCAGGGCCUAUUAGUCGACACCCCUAAUUAAGUGUCCAAAGAGCAGAAUGCUGAUUCGUUGUGUUCUGUACAUGUGUUCAGAUCUCGCCCUCCUUGGCCCUUCUGCCAGCGUGGCAUAGUGGUUAGAGUGUUGCACUUUGGAGACCAGGGUUUGAAUCCAAUCACUUGGAGACCUUGGGACUGUCACUGCCGCUCAGCCUAACCUAUGGUUGCCAUACGUCUGGAAUAUCCCGGACAUUACCCGGAAUACUGCAGUCGGCCGAUUUUCCUGAAAAAUAGCUAUUAAAAAAUCAACCUUUUUUUUGCAAUUAUGCCAAAAAAGCUCAACAUUAUUGGGCGAAACAAAAACUUCUGAGAAGAAAGGAGAAGAGGAGAAACCAUGUACAGUGGUACCUCAGGUUACAUAUUGUCAGGGAACUGACAUCGGAGCAGAGGGGGGAGGCGAUGCUUCCAGACUCUGCAGGAGAGGGAACGAGUAGGGGUAGAGAGAGAACGUCAUCUGGGGAAGAAUGUCCAGGUGACACCAGGAAGAAGGGAGAGGGAGAAAGCAUCUCGGAGGAUGAAAACCAUGUACAGUGGUACCUCAGGUUACAUAUGCUUCAGGUUACAUACACUUCAGGUUACAGACUCCGCUAACCCAGAAGUAGUACCUCGGGUUAAGAACUUUGCUUCAGGAUGAGAACAGAAAUCGUGCUCCGGCGGCACGGCAGCAGCGGGAGGCCCCAUUAGCUAAGGUGGUGCUUCAGGUUAAGAACAGUUUCAGGUUAAGAACGGACCUCAGGAAAGAAUUAAGUACUUAACCUGAGAUACCACUGUAUUCCACCUUGAGCUCCUUGGAGAAAAUGGUGGGAGAUAAAUACAAAAAAGAAAUGAAAUCAAUUUUGGACCCUCUCUGGGGCUCCACCACACACCGGUAGUUCCAGUCCUGCUCCUUCUCACGCUCUCUUCUCCCUCGUCCUCCUCUUCUCUUCCCCCCAGUGAAAAUUCUAGGGGCUCAGGAGACGAUUCCCAAUGAGAUCCAGGAGCUUCAAGCCAAAGUGGAGCAGCUGGAAGAGGUGAGAGUCUUGGUAGGUCUCUGUCCCAGGAGGCUGACUGGCCACUGGGAGAACAGGAUGUUGGGCUCUAUGGGCCAUUGGCCUCAUCCAGCUGGGCUCUUUAUUAUGUUUCUGUUCUGGCCCCUUUGAGUUUCAACCAACGGCUGACCCAUAAGGGACAGUGGCCUUCGAAAGAAAAAACAGUUUCCUCACCCCAAUUUUAGGGGUCAUUGGACCACCCCUCCCUGGUUUUUGGCCACCACACUCCUUACAUGCCAGGGAGGGAGAGGCCCUCCAGUUUCCAACAGCUGGGUCUGUUUCAGAUAGUUGAUGGAUGAGGGGAUAGCGGACAGAUUGAUAACUUUUAAAGACCCAGGUGGGGGGAGCUAAAGGCCAAAGAUUAGCAAAUCAAAGAACUUAGCAGUAACAAGAUUUCAGUGCGGCAUUUCUCGGAGGGAGAAACAGAGACGGGGGUUUAGCCGGGGAUACGUGCCAUUUUUCCCCCUUGCAACAUGUGUGGGCAUAAAGAAUUUGGCAAAGCCAGCUCUGGAUAACUAGCAGAUGAAGAAUCCAUAGUGAGUGCCCUUGAAAAUGGUUAUGUCCUGGCUAUACCCUUGGGCAGGGACGCGGGUGGCGCUGUGGGUUAAACCAGAACCUAGGACUUGCCGAUCAGAAGGUCGGGGGUUCGAAUUCCCGCGAUGGGGUGAGCUCCCGUUGCUUGGUCCCUGCUCCUGCCAACCUAGCAGUUCAAAAGCACGUCAAAGUGCAAGUAGAUUAAUAGGUACUGCUCCGGUGGGAAGGUAAAUGGCGUUUCCGUGCGCUGCUCUGGUUCGCCAGAAGCGGCUUAGUCAUGCUGGCCACAUGACCCGGAAGCUGUACGUCGGCUCCCUCGGUCAAUAAAGCGAGAUGAGCGCUGCAACCCCAGAGUCGGCCACAACUGGACCUAGCGGUCAGGGGUCCCUUUACCCUUUACCUUAUACCCUUGGGCGGCCAAGGUGCUUUUUUGGAGGAGGAGGAGGAGGAGAGCCGAAUGAUACAGGGCAUUCCUGCAUUCUCUCUCCCUCCCAUGAUGGGGUUGGUAUAAUAACAAUAAUAAUAAUAAUUAUUAUUAUCUCCCCACCCUUCACCGUAAGGUCGCAAGGUGGGCUGCAACAAUUUAAAAUACAGUAUUAUUAGCACUGUUGUUGUUUAGUCAUUUAGUCGUGUCCGACUCUUUGUGACCCCAUGAACCAGAGCACACCAGCAUUAGUAUUAUUAAUUACAUUUGUAUGCCACCCUUGAUCUGAAGACCCCAGGGUGGUUCACCACAGAAAAAUACAAAAUGAGAACAUACACAAAGUUCUUAAUAAAAGCAAAAACAAGCCCAAAAAACCCCUCUCCCACAAACACAUUUAAAGGGACUUAGAACGUUAAGCAGCCGUUAAAGAGAACAGAGAGUGUUUGCCUGACGCCUAAAAAUAUGUAAUGAAGGUAAUACAAAUUAGUUACGAGGAAUGGGCUGCUGCCCCACCAACUUGGGUCUGCCAUCAGUCAACCCCCACCUUUGCUGCUUGGAGAGUCCAUUGAGUGGCCCUGCCUGACAGCUGCCGCCUCCUCCUUGCUCUCAGUGUUUCGCCUUGUACAGCAAAACCACAACAUGUUGGCUGUCUCUGGCGCCACCUGCUGGCUGGCUCCCCACCUUCUGCCCUAUCAGUCCCAGUGGGCCCCUGCCACAACUGCCCUGCAGCCCUCCUCUCUCCAUCCCACCCCUGCAGCGCCUGGAACGUGCCAUCGCCAUCUUACCGCCUUCCCUGGAGCCUGCCCAGCUGAAGGAGCUCUGGAGUCGCCUGCUCUACCUGGACCAGGUGGAGUCGCUCAGCGAUCAGCUGCUUUUCCUUGAAGAGAAACUGGGGGACUGUGAGUAUCAGAAAGGCCACGCCGUCCCGACAGCCUCAGCGGCAAAAAAGCGCCUCGCGACCCAUGGGCGGCCCAUCCUGUUUCGGUACCUGAAGCGAGACGGGAAGGUGCCACCUAGCACGUGUGCCCUGCACCACCCAACAUUCCUUGCCCUCCCCCCUGAAGCCUCACAGCUGGGGUCACACAGCUGGGGCUUCCAGGUUCUUGCGAGAGUUCACCGGAAGCUGCCGCGGCCGCUUCCACUCACUUCUCCAGCAGUGGCAGAGACGCCCCCUAGAAUUUCGCCGCCUGAGGCACCUGCUGCAGUCUGCCUCAUGGAUAGGCCGGCGCCAUCCACGGGAGGCAAAUGGUUUUAUGCAGGCGAGGGUGCGACCUGGGGCAAGGGCAUGGCUAAGAGAGUCCCAAGGGCCAAGUGGACUGGUCUGGAGGGCCGUAAGUGCGCUCCCCCCACCAGACCUGAGGCAGUAACAGGCUGGCUCACGGGUGCAGAACGCUUUGCAUUCACCUCUGAGCGACUUUCCAAGGGCGGCAUGAAACUCUCCAGAGUUUCAAGAAGCGUAUUUCUCCCAGCCCUACCUGUAGAUGCCUUGGGGACUGGAACUGGAACCUUCUGCAAGGAAACCAGAUUUUUUGCAUGCAUCCCCCUGCUUCCUAUUGGGCUAGGAAACAUUGCUUUCAGGUACUUUGGCUGCUAAGGGACGCGGGUGGCGCUGUGAGUUAAACCACAGAGCCUAGGACUUGCCGAUCAGAAGGUCGGCGGUUCGAAUCCCCAUGACGGGGUGAGCUCCUGUUGCUCAGUCCCUGCUCCUGCCAACCUAGCAGUUCGAAAGCACGUCAAAGUGCAAGUAGAUAAAUAGGUACCGCUCCGGCGGGAAGGUAAAUGGCGUUUCCGUGCACUGCUCUGGUUCGUCAGAAGCGGCUUAGUCAUGCUAGCCACAUGACCUGGAAGCUGUAUGCCGGCUCCCUCGGCCAAUAAAGCGAGAUGAGCGCCACAACCCCAGAGUUGGCCAUGACUGGACCUAAUGGUCAGGGGUCCCUUGGCUGCUACAGCUCAAUUCACCCCUCCAUCCCACGUCACCCCUGCAGAUAAUCGAUUUUGCCUUGCUGGUGGGAUGUGCAAGCGCCUCAGCGUAAUAUUGGGAGCUGCCUUAUAGCAAUUCAGACCAGUCAUCCACCUAGCUCAAUACUGUCUACACUGGCUGGCAGCAGCUCUCCCGGGUUUCAGAAUGAGCUCUCCCAUCUCCUCCCAGAUGCCAUGGAUGUUGGGACCUUCUAUGUGCAGAUAAUGCUGAAUACCUUUCCCCGACUAUUGAAACUCUUAAAUAGCUGCCAACUAUUUCUACGAACUGCCUUCCCUCUAGUAUCAGGGGUUGUUCGGGGUCUCUUGCACUUUUCAAACCUCAUUUUUUUUCUCCUUCUGGGUUCCUUCCUCCCAGGUGCCUGUCAAAACGGUAAAAAUGGCUUUGGCUACGACAUUGCCCGGUGA